CUGUUGUGCUGUGCCACUCAUUCACCACUCAUUGCAGUUUGGAAUUUACUUUCCGCACCUGCGGACGUAUCAUAAAAUCGGAGCCAACAGCAAAAUCCGCCAAAACUAAACGAUAAUGGCGCAUUCCAAGUUGCAUGUCUUGAGUGGCCUUCUGCUUCUGGUGGUUUUGAGCGCUUCUGCCACACCUACACCGGAUGCAGUAAAUAAGCCAAUUGUGGUGCAGACCCAGCUCCAGAACUACGAUCAGCCCACGCUCAGGGACUACGAGGAGUGCCAGGAGAACAGGGACAAGUGCCUGGACGGGUGUGCCGAGGACAUCAAGUGUGAGGGCGAGUGUCCUGUGUGCCCGGAGCUGUUCUCCAAGCCGGUGAUGGUCCAGGGCGUCAACGAUACCGACCUGAGAGCCGAGCCCCUGACACCCGUCAACACCACCAACUUCAUCAAGCUGACGAACGAGAUUCGGAACAUCAUCAAGCACGAAAUCCAGCAACGGAACGAGGUCAACGUCCAGGUGCAGCAGAAUGUCUCCCAGGUGGGCGGACGCUUCGGCCUGGGCUACAGUGACCUGGGAUCCUGCUGCUAUGUGGUGCUGAUGGACCAAAAAUGCGAAAAGAACUCCGGGGAGAACUGCCGGGAGAAGAGCCGGCAACGGGUUUGCGGCGAACGGUGUCAGGCCCGCGUCAUGUUGGCCAAAAGAGUGGUGCAGUGCGAUGCUGAGGAUCCGCUCAAGUGCCGCGAAACCAUUGAGUAUGUGCCUCGGCGGCGGAGAAUCCACACCAAGACAUCCCUCCCCUCAGAGCCAUGUCGUUACUUUGGCAAUUCCUGGCCCUAUUUCUCCUGCGGCCAGAACCAGAACCAGGGUCAGGGAAUGGGAAUGGGAAUGAUUCCCAGCCAAAGACCCAAACGAUCCACUUGCCAGGAGUGCCUCAACCUUCCGUACGGAUACAUCCUUCAAAGUGGCUUGCCUCCUCAGUGUGGAGGCUGUUUCCAGGGAUUCGGAUCACCCUAUAUGUACAACCCGUAUGGAUUUAAUCCGUUUGUGCCUUUCCCUUCCUACGGAGGUCCCUUCCCUCCGAUGAAUAACCCGAAUAAUAUCCAGAAUAAUGAUUUAAGCAAUACAGGAAACGACAUAGAUGACAAGAACGUGGCAGGAUCAGGAGACUUUAUACUUUGCGAGGACGAUGACGUGGAAAAGUGCCUGAAGGAAAAUGGGAAACAAGGAGCACCAUCUAACCAGGAACAGGCGCCCGGACUCAUUGACGACGAUUACCUGGAGGAUCCCGAGUACGGAGUGGAGACCCAGCGCAGGAGAAGGCGUCACAACAACCGAGUCUUCAUAAGAUCCAACUACAGCAAACGUAACCGAAAGAACGAGUAAUCCUUUCCAGAAACAGAAUGGACUUGCUUGGAUUUUAAUAUUUUCAGUUCAACUUUUGGCUUUCUGUCCUCAUGUAAUUAAGUUUAAAAUAUUUUCAGCCAAUUAAAUUUAGGGUAUUUUAAAAAUAAACAACUACUGUCUCUGCCAUUUUUUUGAAAAUAAAAACUUUUUAAAAACUA